GUCACGCCGGCCUGGCAUGGGAUGUCACGCCACUGUCGCUUAUUGUCGCGUGUUCCCGUCGCUGACGCGAGUUCCCGGGUCGACGUGACGUUCGACGUCGCCGACGACGUCAACGACGACGACACGGCUACUGGCGUGAUCGCGAACAGAUCGUAACACAAAUUGUGCAUCGCAAAGUUCUCUAUAGCAAGUAGUUGUCGCGAAUAUCGUGUCGAAAAUAUCGAUGCGUCGUAAUAUAAAUGAUCGGCAAAUCUCAAGGAGCAGUUGACGCGAGAAGCUGGGGUGAAGAAACGGGGGCAAUGUCACGAUUGAAAGGCGGGAGCAGAUCGAUAUCGCUCAGAUAAUUACUAAUUUAUUAUACGCGUUUUAUGUAACGCGAUAUCCCGUGAGUCGCUCGUGCCUGUUAUCGUCUGAUGAAAAGUACAGACAGCCGAUCGAGUGAAUUUAAAAGCCGAGCGCUUUCGUAUCCGCGCGUGUAAUCAAAACGUGAAUCGCGAGCGGGGUGCCUGAAUACUUGUUGCUUUGAUUUGCAAGUUUUUUUUGCAAGUUUGUAGCUGCAGUUGAGUAUUAUCGCGCGGCAAGCUAUUGUUUAUUAGAGUGUUGAUUUGUUAGAGAUUUCGUUUCGAAGAACAAUUGCGACGAGUGAUCAGAAAACGUCAUGAUAAAAAACAGAAUUUACAUUUGCACUUAAUUCCGUCUCACGGAUACAUUAUUUAUCAUAACGAAAGGAUCUGUGCUGAGCUAUUUUAUUCUAAGAAAUGAGUCCGCAUAGCCAUAAGAAUAAUUUAGCUCCAAAAGACAUGCAGUCUAACGGAUACUCUGCUGGCAGUACCAUGGCCAAAGAAGCAAGAAAUCAUUCAUCCCCUUGUGAGUCAAUGGAUUCAAUGCCUUGGUUUGGGAUGGACAUCGGUGGUACAUUGUGUAAAUUAGUGUACUUUGAACCAAAAGAUAUAACGAGGGAUGAGGCGGAUGCAGAAGUUGAGACGUUGAAAAAUAUUCGACGAUAUCUCACUAAAAAUUCAGCAUAUGGAAAAACUGGUCAUCGCGAUACACAUUUACAAAUGGAUAAUGCCUGCAUUAGAGGCAGACGAGGAACGUUACAUUUCAUUAGAUUUCCCACGAGCGAAAUGAGAAAUUUUUUAGUACUAGCAAAAUCAAAAGGUCUAGCAAAUCUUGUGACUACUGUUUGUGCGACCGGUGGUGGUGCUUUUAAAUUCGAAGACAAUUUCAAAAAGGAAGUAAAUAUGAACUUGGCGAAAUUCGAUGAAUUAGAUAGUUUAAUACGCGGAAUGCUCUACAUAGAGACUACGAAUCCACAUGAAUGCUAUUAUUGGUCAAAUCCUACCGAUGAUAGCAAAUGCCAAAAAGUACCCUACGACUUUUCUAAACCAUAUCCUUUUUUGCUUGUUAAUAUAGGUUCUGGAGUAAGCAUAUUAGCUGUAUAUGGACCAGAAAAUUAUAAAAGGAUAUCUGGAACAAGUUUAGGUGGUGGUACGUUCUUAGGAUUAUGUUGUCUGCUUACUGGAUGCAACACGUUUGAAGAGGCGAUAGAAUUAGCAACGGGCGGUGAUAAUACAAGAGUAGAUAAAUUAGUUAAGGAUAUUUACGGCGGUGAUUAUGGUCCUUUUGGUCUUCCUGGAGAUUUAGUCGCGAGCAGUUUUGGACAAAUGAAUUCCAAAGAUCGCAGAAAUAAUGUCACAAAGGAAGAUUUGGCGCGUGCAACUCUUGUUACUAUCACAAAUAAUAUCGGCUCUAUUGCGCGUAUGUGUGCUGUUAACGAAAAAAUUGAGAGGGUUGUAUUUGUAGGCAAUUUUCUCAGAGUAAAUCCCAUAUCAAUGAAGUUGUUGGCCUAUGCUAUGGAUUAUUGGUCUAGAGGAACUUUGAAGGCCCUGUUUUUGGAACAUGAAAUUAUUAUCUUGAUUUUCAGGGUUACUUCGGCGCGGUGGGAUGUCUAUUACAAUUUAAUGGUGAAUCAAUCUAAAUAUAAUGGAAAACAUUGGAGGAACAGUCAUACAACGUACAGCAUUCCAUAUGACCAACUUCGCAGAACAUUUCUCGAGUAAACAAGAUUGUUCUGACAGGGUUAUAUUUAUUUUUGUUACAUUCUUUUUAAUUAUUCACAAAUCUUCAGUUUAUUGACUAAUCAUUUAUUGUAAUGAAGUAGAAAAGCCUUGAUAUUUAAACAGUAGGAUUAAUGGUGUAUUUGUCAAAUGUUAUAAAUAUUAUCGUUAUUAUAUAAUUUAUCACCAUUUUUAAUAUAGGAAAAAAUGUGUUAAAAUAUUUUUUUGGGUUGGAAGGUAAUUAUUUCGAUAUAAUUUAUUCAAUUACGAGCACAAAUUUAACAGGACUCGGCAGAUAGAAUUGAUAAUGGACCAAAUCCAGAGGGAUUAAGGAUUGUUUCUUCUUCCGAAGUUCGUUACAUGCCGUAUAGUUCUACCUCAUAAUUUAUAUUGUAAAGUUUUUCUACAAAUGUGCACAGGUUUUUAUGUAUAUAGGUAAUGUGGCAACCGUUAUUACACUUGCACAUCUUUUCGUAAGUUUAUAAUCGAGUAAAAUCAUUAUAGCGGUAAAUACUUUCGCACUAACGAUUAAUAUUUGCAGUUUUGUUAAUAUAUUGUUAUAAAAUGAAUUUUUAAUGUGAAUUUUUAAUGUGAAUUUUUAAUUGAAUAUUUAUGCAUUGUUUUAAUGAAACAUUAUUCAUGUCACGCAUUUGAUUAUGGAAUAUUAAUAUUAUAAAUUAAGAAUUUUAUAUCAUUCUAGUGAGAUAUUGCGAUUUGUAAUGCAAAAUAUAUACGUCAAAAUAUUACAAAAAAUUCAGUACUUUAAGUUGUCAGACAUAUAUCAAACAUUAAAUCUUGUUUUUGAAAAAUAUGAUGUAACAAUGCGAAUUGAAAAAAAUAUCAUUGAUAUUACUGGUAUUAUUGUACAGAAAACAUACAAAUUGCUUUAGGAAACAAACAUGAUUUAUUUUUAAUUAUAAGUAUUUGAAAUAUGACAAUUAUAAAAUUUUGGAUAUAUUAUUUGUAAUCGAAUAAUUUAAUACAACCACAAAACCGUAUCCUUGUAUGUACAAGUAAGUAGCUUAUUUCUGUUACAAUGUAUUGUGGAAGUAUGCCAAACUUUAAUAAAAUUGCAAUGUACAAUGUAAAAAA